GUGCUGGUAAUCACAGGGGCUGCUGGGACAGCCAACUGGGAGCGAGAGUGUGUUGCCCAUAGGCUACUGGAAGGCUACUCUUCUGGAAAGAGAGGCUUCCUUGCUCUUCUUAAACUGGAACCCCCGGAGCCGGGAAUCACGCGCUUAAAGAGUGCAAGGAUGCAGGACGGGAGUUGUGAUCAGACGCUCCCUCUCUCUCUCGUGCUAAAGGAUGCAGGCUUGGGGGAUGGAGGGCAGCUGAGCCUAGACUCGCUGGCAGAGCUGGGCAGCACCGAAGGCGUUCUUGAGGGUGGUGAUGAAAGUGACUUCCCAGAGCUGUCAGCCUUCCUCAGCCUGGAGGAGAUAAACCGGAGCCUGGAUUUAGCGUGGGAGGCCUUCUCCUCCACCGGGGAUGAGGACGCGCCCAGCCCGGAUCCCCCCCUCUGCUGCCCCCUGUCUGAGACCAACUCCACACCCCCCCUCAGUGCUCAGGACUCUACUGUUCUUGUAGGUCCCACACCCAACCAGACCCUUGACCCCACCCCUCUAGAUUGCCCCGUCCCCCUCCAAGCACAGGACCACAUCUCCACUGGUGAACAAACUUGUCCCCAGAUUCAGGACUCAGCCUCCAGUGAAGACUCCGCCCCUAGCAAAGACUCUGCCCCCAGAAAAAGUCCCCCCAUCAAUGAUGGCUCCCCAGCUCGCACCACUUUGGCCCAGAAUGCACCGCUGUCAGUUGUCCAACAAACCUCAGAGACCUCAAAAGGCCCCAAAAUGGCACCAGUGUACAAGCAGGACCGGCCCCGGCUUCUGCACGGGGGUCCAGAGCUCAGUGAUAUCUGUGGCCGUUCAGCUACCUUCAUCGAGGAGCUAUCCUCAAUCUUUAGACGACCCGCCCGGGCAGAGCACAGCGCCACUGAGGACUCCUCUUCCCCUGACAGUGGGUACCUUUCACCCCGAGACCGGGCCUUGGAGAAACAGGGGGGCCCAAUGCAAAGCAAGCCAGCUGCGGUGGAAGCUGGCGAGGUCAUUGAUCAGCAGGGUGAUGACACCGCCCCUGAGGCCCCGCCCCAUUUCUUGCAUAAAUUGAAGAGCCAGGAGGUGUCAGAGGGGAGCCCCAUUCGCCUGGAGUGCAGGGUCACUGGCAACCCCCAACCACUCGUUAGGUGGUUCUGCGAGGGGCGGGAGUUGCACCACUGUCCCGACAUCCAGAUAACGCAUGAUGCUAAUCGGCAUACGCUAGUGAUCGCGGAGGCCUUCGCUGACGACACGGGCCGCUACACCUGCAUGGCAUCCAACCGCCUGGGUGCCGACAACACCUCCGCUGAGGUUUAUAUUGAAGGGGCUUCUUCCUCUGACUCUGAAGGUGAAGGAUUUGUGUCGAGAGCCAAGCCUGGAGCUGGGUCAAAAACGAAGCCAGGAGUCAUGUCACAGGCCCAAAAGAAGACCACUUCGGUAUCACUGACAAUCCGUUCAGCAUCCCCCAAGAGCCCUGAGGUGUCCCCUCAUCGCACCACUUUGGUUCAGUCCAUUUCCCCAUCUCCCCAGCGGGUCCAGAGCCCUCUUGCUGUAGGAGCCCUGGGAGGAGAAGUUGCCCCCCCGGUCUUCACCAAGCCGCUGCAGGACACACAGGCCCAGGAGGGCCAGGUGGUGGUUCUGGAGUGCCGGGUCCGGGGCGCCCCACCCCUGCAGGUCCACUGGAUCCGCCAAGGCGAGCAGAUCCAAGACUCACCGGACUUCCGCAUCUUGCAAAAAAAGCCGCGAUCUACUGCCGAACCCGAGGAGAUCUGCACUCUGGUCAUAGCUGAGACGUUCCCAGAGGACGCUGGCCAAUUCCAGUGCACCGCGACCAAUCGCUUCGGCACCACCAGCAGCACUGCCCAGCUGACUGUGCAGCCAGCCAAUGAGGACUCGCCCACCAAUGGUAGCCCUGCAGGUGUGGACACAUUGGAGGACCCGCAGUCCUUCCCUCCCCCACCACCACCCACUGAAAUCAGUCAGUUGGAGCUCCCACCAAAGGUGGCCAAUGCAGAUAUUUUUCACGUCAAUGAACUGGAGUUCUGGCCCAGCACACUGGCCCCCGCAACAAAGAGGAUGAGCCCCCCGCCCUAUGAGGAGGCCAUGCCCAACCAAGAGGCCACGCCACUGACGACGCCUUCCAGCGAGACAUCACCCUUGCCACCGCCUUUCCCAGGGAAAAAUGACCUGCCUUUACCUACAAAGCCCAAACCCAAGCUGAACGCCGAGCAGCUGAAGCAUCUGCAGGAGCAGAUCUUCUUGGAGAGGCAGGGAUUAACGGCCGAUUGGCAGCCGCCGCCGCCGCAGCAGCACGCUGCCCAGCCGCCAUCACCUCCCCUUCCACCCCCACCGUCAUACCAGGAGCUUGAGAGCAGCACGCAGGCUGUACCCCCCCUCAGCACCCCUGCCGGCAUCAUGCAGACGGCCAGCACCUUCAACUACGCCCGGCCCAAGCAGUUCAUUGCGGCCCAAAGCCCUGGGACCUGUCAGUCACCUUCCCCGGGCUCAUCAAGCUCCACACUCUCCUCCCCGUUGUCCCCACCCCUCGGAAGAGUGGGGCCACCCCUCUUCCAGCAGCCUCAGCAAGGAGGAAGCGAUGCCGAGUCACCUGUCUCUCCCUCUUUCCCUCCCCCUCCCCCGCCCUUCCUUGGCCCCGCCCCCGUAAUCUCCCCUGGCCAGGAAUUUCCCCCACCGCCACCUCCACCCCCCCCUGCUCCAUGUAGCGGGCCCAUGUCCCCCACGCCUUCCGAAGGCUCUGUCUUCUCUGCCCCGCAGUCUCCAGCCGGCUUCCUGGUGUCAGUCCUGCCCUCCCAGCCGCAGUCCCCCCCAGUCAAUGCUCUGGGGCUGCCCAAAGGCAAUGGAAUUGCGGGAUUCCCUCGAAAGAUGACACGGACUCCUCGUAUUGCCUCUGACUCUGAGAUCCAGGGUUCGAAGGAUGCGGUCAUCCAGGACCUGGAGAGAAAACUACGCUUCAAGGAGGAGCGUAUGAGUAAUGGCCAGCAGAAGCUAACCUACGAGGAGAAGAUGGCCCGCAGGCUCCUGGGGGCCGACAACGCAGCAACUGUUUUUAACGUGCAGGAGCAAGAGGAAAAUGUCACGCAGGAGGGCAGUCCAUCAGACAUAGACAUUGUUCCUCAAAAGGAGUACAAGGUAUCCAGCUUCGAGCAGCGGCUGAUCAGCGAGAUCGAGUUCCGCCUGGAGCGCUCUCCCGUGGAAGAGUCAGAUGAAGAGAUCCAGCAUGACGAGGAUGCCCCUGGUCAGAGGGUGGCGCCAUUCUUUGACCAGAAGCUCAAACAUUUCAAGGUGUUUGAGGGGAUGCCUGUCACCUUCACCUGCAAAGUCAUCGGUGACCCCAAGCCAAAGAUCUACUGGUUCAAAGAUGGGAAGCAGAUCUCCAAGCGUAGUGAGCACUACCGUAUUGGGCGCGAGCCCGAUGGCACCUGCACCCUGCACACCGCUGCCGCCCUGUUGGAUGAUGAUGGAAACUACACUAUUAUGGCUAGCAACCCAGAGGGGAGGACCAGCUGUACGGGAAGGAUGAUGGUCCAGGCUGUCAACCAGAGGGGGCGAAGCCAUCGAGCCACACCUGGACACAUCCGCAGGCCCCGCUCCAGGUCCCGCGACAGUGCUGAGGAGAACGAGAACAUCCAGGAGCGCCACUUCCGACCUCACUUCCUGCAGGCCCCCGGCGACCUCAUUGUGCAGGAGGGAAAGCUGUGUCGGAUGGAUUGCAAGGUCAGCGGCCUUCCGACACCAGACCUCAUCUGGCAGCUGAACGGGCAGACAAUCCGACCUGACAGUGCCCACAAGAUGCUGGUACGGGAGAAUGGUGUCCAUUCACUGGUCAUUGAGCCAGUCACCUCCCGCGACGCUGGCAUUUACACCUGCAUUGCCAGCAACCGCGCUGGCCAGAACUCCUUCAACCUGGAGCUCAUCGUUGCAGCCAAGGAGAUGCACCAGGCUCCAUCCUUCGUGGAGAAGCUGCAGAACACAAGUGUAGCCGAGGGGCACCCCGUGCGCCUGGAAUGCCGGAUUGCAGGCGUCCCUUUCCCUCAGAUCUUCUGGAAGAAAGAGAACGAGUCACUCACUCACAACACUGAGAGGCUCAGCAUGCACCAGGACAACCAUGGUUACAUCUGCAUGAUCAUUCAGCCAGCAAGUAAGGAGGAUGCGGGCUGGUACACAGUCUCUGCCAAGAAUGAGGCCGGCAUCGUGUCCAACACGGCUCGCCUGGACGUUCACACUCAGUGGCAGCAGAGCCAAACCGCAAAGCCGAAGAAGGUGCGGCCAUCAGCCAGCCGCUACGCCGUGCUGACGGAGAAGGGCCUGGACGUGAAGGCCGCCUUCUUCCCAGACUCUAGCCCAGUGCACCAUCCCGGUGGCCUGGUGGAAAGCGACGAUCUGUAGGUUCCAGUCGCCCCCUUUUGAGGAGGGGAGGGAUGGAACAUACUCCAGCACUCCUGGAUGACACAGAACCCUCCCCUCGCCCUACUAACCCCGACCAUUUUGGAAGGAAGAAUCAGAAAACAGAAAAAAUGGCUACUGUCUCCUAGACCUGGCCUGCAUCAUGUGACUUGAUCACAUGACAUGAAUCAGCACAACGCCUACAGGCUAAAACUCAAAGUGCAUUUUUUUCUCCCCUCUAGAUUUCUUUGCUCAGGUUAAACACAACCUAUGCACCCAUAUUUUAACUUGAAGUUCCAAGAUGCUAUUGCAUGGUCCCUGAAAUAAAAGGCUGACUUUCAUAGACAUCUUAUUUCAUGAAUCCUGAACCUUUCAAACCCUAAAGUGUCUUCAACAGAAGCAACAGGUCAUGCCUUCUUUCGGACAACAGGGACAUAAAUCGAGUGGAAUGACAAGGUCAUUUACGCACGUCCAGUAGAUUCUGAAAGGAGGAACAAGCAGGGGCAGGUGAUUCUCUUAAGUGCCAGGGUGCCUUCAGACUGUGAUGGGCCCCCUCUUCCUAUCUGCUAAAGUAGUAUCUUCUUCAGCAUGUUGCCAGAGUGCCUGUGUAUGUAUGAGUAGUGGUAUAUAUAUAUUUAUAGAUGCUAUGAACUUGCCUCAUAACUUCUCCACGACAAGGAGGUGGAUUUUGGGAGGGUGUGGCUCUAUACUCUUAUGCUAACCCCCGGCAUCCAGGCAGUGGAAGAUUCAGUGCCUUUAUGUUUCCAGAGACAUGUCUUGGGUAUAUGGGGGCGGGGUGGUUUUGCUUGGGAAUUGUGGCUGGGCUGAACUUGGGGGGGGGGGGGGUGUCGCAAACAUCAUUGCCAUGGUAACAGUGCGGUCUGCGACAUUUAGUGUUGGAGGAGCUUUGAGUAGCUUUUGCAUGUAGAAACCAUUUAUUUCAGCUCAAAGCAGAAUUCUAGCUACAUCCUGAGAUGCUGUACUUUUUACAGAAUGUGACGUGCCUCUACUUGUUUAACCACAUGCUAUGGUCAUAGCGGCCCAGAAUUUCCACAAAGUGAAGAGUAUGGCAAACGAUUGGAUGGACAGUGAAGAGUAAGGUAAACUGUGAUUGGAUGGAUGGUGAAGAGUAAGGCAAACGACGAUUGGAUGGACAGUGAAGAGUAAGGCAAACUGUGAUUGGAUUGAUGGUAUGCUGUAUCUGGAAAUGAAAAGUGAACCGGGUUAUGAUUGGAGGAUAAAAAUGAGGCAAGCUGUGAUUCGACUCUUACAUGUUCAGCAUUUCAAGGCUAUCAGGAGAACACAAAUAUUGCACAUUUAUUAAAAUUUAUAAACUGGAUGAACUCCAUGUUGUUUAUGAAUGUCAUUAGGAAGACAAGCCUAGCAUGAGGUGACAGUCAACGGCUAAACCUGGUUCUUAGGGUCAUGGUUCAGCCCAGUCACAAUGCUUCCCAUGUGUGAGCCAGUGCUGUCCAACUUAGACUGGCACGGUUGAAACUCACAGCUUGCUGGGGGCAUGCUGUCCGAACUGGAAGGGAUGGAGUCGGAAUGAUAAUGAUGAUCUUUCCAAGAUGACCAAUCUCCUGCAUUGUUUUGACACCUGGUUUGACAGCAGCAGUGAUGAGCUGCUUUUGCUUUUGUCUCUCCUUUCUUUGUAGUGAUUGGGGAGUCAUGCCAGUGAUCCUUUUCUCCCCUGUUGUCAAUGUAACUUAAGCCUGGCCUGUAUUUAAAUUCUUUACACAAACUGCCUUUUGCCAGUCAACAUUGGCACAUUUUAAUUAUUUAUAUACGUGCGCAUAUUGCAUUUUAGAGUACCUUGUAUUUGAGUUCUUUUCUAAGCAAAAUAAAACAUAAAAAAAGACUCGGGAGACUUACAGGUUAUAUCAGAGGGUCACAAUCCUGUUCCUUAUGAGCCAGAAUGCUGCAGUGUUUACAAAAAGGCUUUUUUUAAAGCGACCAAUCGGCACCUCCGGUCCAGUGACUGCUCGCUUACAGCCUCCAGUAGCCUGGCUCUUAAGGACCAGGUUUGGGCCAACCAGGUUCUGUGUGCCUUUCGAAAGGAAAAGGGGGGGAUCUCUGUACUCAUGUAACUAAAACACACACAUACACAUAUGCUACACGCAUGUAUUAUGUACCGGUUAACAAAGGCUUCUGUGCUCACCUGCCAACAACUGCUUUUGGCUCCUGUCAGUGAGACACAACGCAGCAAGUGCACCGACUUACUCUGACACCCUUUUUUUUAAUAAACUCACAUGACAAUCUGUGCUUGUAUAAGGAUUGUUCUACAGAUGGUAUUUUUGACCUAAAAUUACAAUAAAAAAAGCUCUGGAAGUAA